AUGUACGGGGGCCGAUGGAGGAUUGUGCUGAGGCAUGAACUGUAUCCGCCGGCCCUUCGUUCCCAGUCCCUACAUCGCUCUUGGUCCUGCUCUACUCGACUGGCUGCAAAAAGAAGUCGACUUCCCACAUACGCAAAACGGGCUACACUAAAGACUCCCGACCCAACACUCGAGAGCGUACUCAGAUCGGAGGUGAAGAAAUUGAAAUCGGACCUGAAAUCGAGAUCGGAAAAGCAUGACUCCUACUAUAUUUCGCCCGACCUGGUCAGUGCAUUGCACGGCUUGGGCUUCUUUUCGAUCGAGACUGUGGUGCAAGUGCUGAGGUAUCUCUGUGGGGAGCUGAAAAAGCUUCCUCUUGCCAAUGCCUUGAUCUCUGCCACUACACAACAGAGAUUUCUUCAGGUAUCAGAGGAAGUGCUGGGCACCGAUGAAGCAGCCUUAAUGCGCGAUCCACAGAUUCUCCGCAAGGCAUUCCAUUCACUAGGUCAGAAUGACUUUCACAAGCAGAACCGCAAGGGCAAUGACGGCUGUGAUGCCUUGCGUAUGGCGUUCUUUGCAGGAGAGACUGAAGCAGGCGUGGAUGCAGCAGCAGCAGAGAUCGCUUUAGGGGCUUCCUUGAGUCAGCACGAGGCUCGUCUGUCACCACGAAUUUUCGACUAUGUCAAAGCCAAGGCGUUCGAAAGGAACGAUUGGCUUGCAAUAUUACUCUACUUGGAUGAAAUGUCGAGGAAGACAGGCACCGAAGCAACAGCAAGAGAGAGUUAUCAGCUUGCCAAAGACUUAGUCGCCAUAGUCGAACCGAGCAAAUACCUUCGAACGCAGAACUCGUCUCUCUUACAACCUCGCAACCUGCCAUGGAGGGUUCUUCAUGAUGCGGCCGAGUCCUAUUUGUCUUACCUUGGUGAAGGUGCCGAAUAUGAUCAGGUGCAGUCGGAUCUUGAAAAUGCCAUUCGGGAUGGACUUUUCAAAUACUCCGAUGUUUCAGCGGUUCCCUUCGCAUUGCGUCAACCAGGGGUGACGGAAAAACAUUCCAAGGAGUGGAUUGAGCUCGCGACGCAAUCUGCUAGCGUUGGCGAUGCGGAUUCGUCCCUGCAACUAGCAUUCUACUAUCUCUCUAAAGACGGAUGGCGUCCUCCAGAGCCCAACAAGAAACCUGGAGAAUGGACCGGCAUUGAGUGGCUCGGUGUCAGUGCCGCUCUGUCUGCUCCCGAAACGGGGCCCAUGGUCGCAAAGUAUCUCGGAUUGGCCCACCUGUUGCGCGAACACGGGUACGCGGACGAAGGCAUGUCGUGGAUUGACUUUGCAAAGGAGAGUAUGGGCGAGGCGGGGCUCGAUCCUGACAACACAUGGAACAACUAUCUCAGCGAAUUCCAGCUAGCGUGGAAAGACACGGACGAGUCCGAAUCCCUGAAGAAGUACGAAAAGUCCAGUGAAGAGUUUCUCGGGCAGCUGGAGUGA